AUGCCUUCGAAACCUCAUAAGCAUGCCUUUUCACUAUGGGAAACAAGCAGAUACGAAGACGUAGAGGUGCAAAGUCGGGCCAGAGCUUGGGUUUUACAACCAGGUCGAAACAGCAUAAACGGGUCGGAGAUUCGCGAAACGGCGCUUCUUUUGCGCGACGAGGAGAAAACUGCAGACCAUCGAGCUGGAGUUGCGAUAGACCUCUCUAGAACACUAAACUGUAGAUGUGAAUGUGCUUCAACUUCUAUUGAUUUUGUUAGACAUACAUACACUCGUUAUUAUAUCAUUUACUUCACAAUUAUAUACAUUUGGGAAAUUUCAGAAUUUGACACGAGUAUUCGUGCUGAUGUUCCUAGCUCUGGUUUGAGUUACUUUGAUGUUGGUGCUGCUCAUAAACAGUUUACUUUGUCCAACAUAUCCAUACUUUUUCUGUAUAAACAGAGUGCAAGCAAUUUACAGUUUGUGACAUCUACAACCUUUCUUCUCUUAACAUAUGCCAAAUAUCUCAACCUAAACGGAGGUGCUGUCUCGUGUGGAACAUCAAAACUAACAGAACAGAAACUCAUAAAGUUAGCUAAAAGCCAAGUUGAUUACAUUUUGGGUGAUAAUCCAAAAAAAAUGUCUUAUAUGGUGGGUUUUGGAGAGAGGUAUCCAAAGAAUAUUCACCAUAGAGGUUCCUCUUUACCUUCCAUUCACGAACAUCCUCAGAAGAUUUCGUGUAACUAUGGGUAUCACUACAACAGUUUAGGUUCACCCAAUCCUAAUGUUCUUGUUGGAGCCAUUGUUGGUGGUCCUGAUAAGCAUGACAAUUUCUCUGAUGAUAGAAAUAAUUAUCAACAGUCGGAGCCAGCAACUUACAUUAAUGCACCUUUUGUUGGUGCUCUUGCUUUUUUUUCUGCUCAACCAACAAGUUAACAAUAGUCACAUAAAGCUAUGUUAAACUAUAAGAAUCUUGGUGAUAGAUAGAUUCAUUUAGUUUCUUUAGGUCCAAGUCAAUUAAGCUUGUAUUAGUAAUAGUCAACGUGUGGUUGGUUAGUAAAGAGUUAUUUUUGUCACAAGUUUGUGUGUUGCUCUACAUCUUAUUAGGAAAAUUAAAGUGGAAGUUUUUAUAGUACUA